AUGAUUGCCCUUGGAGUCUUCCUCGUUCUUUGUUUUAAUUUAGUCCAGGGUCAAUUCCCACGAGCCUGCACCACAGAUACUGCAAUUCAGACAAAAAUCUGUUGCCCGCUUUGGAAGGAUGGCAGCCCCUGUGGUUCCAACUCAGGCCGCGGCAGAUGCCGUAACCGGAUUACAAUUACCCCUUUUGCAGCUGGCACAGUGCCCCAAUAUGACGACGACCGCCUGGACUGGCCACAUUUUUACUAUAACUCCACUUGCGAGUGCUUCAAAGACUACAGAGGCUAUGACUGCGGCGACUGUAAGUACGGGUAUUUUGGAGAACAAUGUGACCGCAAAAACACCGUUGUGCGCAAAGAAAUUCGAGAACUUUCUUUUCUGGAAAGGAAAAAAUUCUUCAGCUACUUGGCACUGGCCAAAACCACAAUAAGUCAAAAUUUUGUCAUCUUAUACACUGGAGACCGCCAUCACAAGGACACGUACCGCUUUAUUGAUGCCUUCAUUUAUGAUGUUUUUUCUUGGAUCCAUUACUACUCCAUAAAACCACUUCUGUUAGAUGGGGACUUUCUUUUGACCAGAAACUACGCCCAUCAAGGUCCAGCUUUUCCCGGUUGGCAUCGGCUGGGCCUCCUCUUCCUAGAGCGACAAAUUCAGCUCUUGACAGGGGAUGAAAACUUUUCCCUUCCUUAUUGGGACUGGCGAGGAGAGAAAAAAUGCUCCAUCUGUAACGAUGACUUCUUCGGGGAUAAUGACGUGCAAGGGUUUAUCAGUAGCUACUCCCAUUUUGCCACUUGGAAGUCUAUUUGCAGCGGGUACAACUAUAUUGAUGUUUACUGCCUGAGUGCUGUAGACUAUAAUCAGAUGGAAAGACUACACAGGAAGCCUGGAGUUGAAAAUGGAACCUUCCUACCCACCUUCCAAGAUGUAGAGGACACGCUGAAAUGGGAAGCCUUUGACACCAUUCCCUACUACAGGACCUCAAAGAAAAGCUUCCGUAAUGCUUUAGAAGGCUUCUUGAACCCAGCAGAUGGCACGACCCUGCGGCGUAGCAUGCAUAACCAGGUCCAUAUCUUUAUGGGUGGGACGAUGUCUGAGGUUCCAAUCUCCAGCAAUGAUCCCAUCUUUGUACUUCACCAUGCUUUUAUUGACAAGUAA